AUGAGUCCUCGAUCGACUCUCGGCUCAAGAGCUGCUUUUCUUCUCCUCCUUUCCCAUUUUCACUUAACCCAGCUUAAAUUUUUCUCACCACCAUCAGUUUCACUUUUACCUCCAUUUUCUUCUUCGGUCGAUCUCUCGUUUUGUUGGACAAAGGUGACAUCAGCAUUCUCGGGAGCUGCUUUUUCCACCUUUGCUUCCACUUUCUCCUCAGUCGAGUGGGGCCCGACUAGAGGUUCUUCUAAUAUUCUCGGAUUUUUUUUCAUCGUGUUCUUGUUGCGGCUCGUUUGGAGGAGGCACCAUCAAAUCCAAAUUCUCACAACUAGUGGCUCCGCUCUUCGAAUCCUCGCUGUCGUGAGAUAUUUUCCCGGAGUAGCUUGUGGGGUCCACACGCUUUGUCUCGAGCCGAUCGUUGACCAAAAAAUCGGUGUCGAGCAGAAGGUUCGGUGGGAGCAAGUCCUUGUGCUUCAGCUUGAUGAUCUCUCUCUUUUCUUUGGGGUCUUUCCUUGGGCUGGAUGUGCUGACGGCUGGGGAGGGCUUUUUGGAAGGAAGACAGCCGACGGGUUGUGGCAGCGGAGGAGGAACGGCUGCAAAUGGGGAACUUACAGAGUUGAAGAGUAUACAAUAGGAAGUGGAGAAAUCAAAGAUCGCAACAACAUUAGGUAA